CUGAAGCCGAAUUUUGCGUUUCAUCACCAUGACAACGCGAUCUGACGCGCGUGACUCCCGCGGCUCUGAAUCCGAGCAGCUGAACUCUUCGCGAUGUAUCGAGCGAUUCCCGAUUUACCGGAGAUAACGAGCGACAACUUCGAGGAACAUCUGACAUCUGAUCAGACCUUCGUCGACUUCUUUAACGACUUUCUGUUGCUGCCAGUGUUUGGUGUAGCUGUCAGAUAUGAUCAGAUCUCUGCAGGCUUUGAGCUGCUUAAUCAGACAGCUGAAGAUCUGUCCUGUCGAAUCAGAUCUUCUCUACAUGAACUCCAGUCAAAAACGCUCUCCGAUCCAAACUGGCUCCCACCAGAACCGGUUCAAGACAACCGUUACACGGUCACUUGUUUAGACCGAGAUCAGACCAUCCAGUGGCUGAAAAGAGACAGACUCUCGCUCUUUCUACAGAGUGACACUUACUUUGAGUACAGGCUGGCUAAAUGUCUGUCUCAGCUCAGUGGUCCAGAGAGACCAGAACAUCACAUACAGCUGUGUGAGGAGUUCUGCAGCUCUUCAGAGAUUCAUCGGCAUGAGACGCUUCAUCAGUGCACAGCUCAGGGUCGAGUUAAGACUGACAAACACAACCCAACUCAGCUGAACCUCACACAGAGACAAACACCUCAUUCUCAUACCCGAGCCCCGGACACCAGAGAGAGCGCCUUGAUGUCGUCUGGUGUCCAUGGUGCCAGUGAGAGAUUUUUGGAUUUUAAAAGGUCUCUGGUCGGUGGGCAGGGAGAGAAGAUUCUGGGUCUGUGGAUGGAUGUUGAAAGACUGAAGACACUCAACACGCAGACAAAGAGCAGGUAUUUAGUGUGGAUGAAGAGUCAGUAUGUGUACAGCAGCAGCUCGACAGCCCUGAAUGUUGAGCUUCUCUCUAGACUGAGAUUAAACCACAGCAUCAGCUGGCAGUUCAACACACUCAUUCAUGUUCAGUCCAGACUGCUGGAAACCUUGAUUCUCUACUGGGGUCAGCGUUUUACAUGCUGUCUGUCUGAUCACUGGCCCGUAUCACAGCUCAUGUUGAGUCCUGUGUGUAUGAGCACCUCACACCUGUCUGCGGCUGCGCAUGUGCCAUUUUCAGUCUGCGCAGACACAGCAGUGCAGCGGGCCACCUGCACUGUAAAGAAGGUGGACAGCAGCGAAAUGGCUUCAUUGAUGGAUGUUCUACUCACUGAACCCAGAUCAGGCUUCACUUUCACACAUUUCUGUCAGAAUUCAGGGAUUCGGGUGUGGGAGAACGCCGUUCAUUUCUGCUCAGAACUGUUGCAGUACAUUCAGCUCUUCUCUAUGACUACAUUUGAUCCUUACAGAGUACAGCACACAGCUCAGCUCUUGUACAGCUCGUACCUUUGCAGUGGAGCUCAGAUGAGCAUUGGGUUGAGUGAGGAGAACAGAAAAGGUGUUCUGGCCCAUUUGAGUCCAGCAUUUGAGGAUCUAUUUGAUCAGGCGGAAGAACAUGCACUCACCAUCCUGCUGGAGCCGUGGACGCUCUUCUCAGCGCAGCUGACAGAAUCACUGAAACAGGUGGCACUGAGGGAUGAAGUGCGUUAUGCGGAGACUGAACUCUACCAGAUGCUGCAAAAUCUAUACACGCAUGCCCAGACAAAAAACCUGCAGCAGGCGCUCAGAGCUUCUUCUGCACCAGCAGAGGUCACCAGAGCUCCAGAUCUUUGGUCAAAGGUUCCUCUUCAGUUCCGUGGGCUCCGCCUUCAUUCUUUCAUCCAGAAUCAUUCAGAACUUCAGCUUUUCCUCUCUUUCCUCGAGAAGAAUUCAGCCAGUAUGGAUUUGCAGUACUGGUUGGAUGUGGAGCAGCUAAAGAAAACUCCUGCCAGUGAUGAAGGACUUCUGGAGGAGAGACACUCAAACAUCAGAGCCAAAUAUUUCAAUAACAGUUUUCUGUUUGGACCCAGCAGCCCUGCUAGUGAAGAACAACAGAUGAGGUUGCUGCAGAUGUCUGCUGGUCUUGUGUGUAUCAGUGUCUCUGUGUCUCUUCUGACUGAGCUGCAGUUUGUGGUUCAGAAGCGUUUAGAAGAUCAUUGGCUGCCGCUGUUUCUCUCAAACUCACACGAGUUCAGCACACAUCACAAACUCAAGUCUUCAGGUGUAAUGUGUGAACAGCAGCCUGUCAUCCAUCACAGGAGAAGGCGACAGUUUUAUAAGCAGGUUAAUGGAGGUGUGAUGGCUUCGUCUCAGGUGUCUGUCUCUCUGCGUAAGGCUCUGUUAAACCCUCUCACCUGUCUGCAGUUCCAGAAGUUUCUGUCAGUCUGUGGUGAUCUGCUGGAAAAUGAUCUCCUCUUCUGGCUGGAGGUUCAGAGAUAUAAGGAUCUGUGUCAUUCUCACUGUGAUGAUGUCACGGUUCAGAGGAAGAUCUCCAUCAUCAUCAGUUGUUUCAUCAGUUCUUCUGCCCAUCCCACACUGCAGAUCCACAUCCCUCCUGAGCUGGCAGAGCGCAUCACCAAUCAGCGGCGAACCCUCGGGCCAUAUGUGUUCAGAGAGGCACAGAUGUGUGUGUUUAACCAGCUGCUCACACACUGGCCUGAUUUCGUGGCGUUACGCACAGCUGUGGGUGAGAAGGAGGUUCUCCGAGUACUGGAAGAGAACCAGUGGAGAGAGAGAGACAGAAGAGAGACGGGCGAGCAGGACGACAGGCUGUCUGAGGAUGAUGAGCUGCAUGAUGAAGGUCUGAUGGAGGAUUCAGGAAUAAAAGAGGUCACCUAUAAGAUCUCGUGGUGCUACUCAAAGCACAUGGCAGCACUGGAACAUGAGACAACUCGGAGGGAGGAAGUGAUGUCAUCGUGUGGGACAGACAGAAGGUCAGGAUCCAGUCUGAGACUCACAAACACAUCAGCUACAGGUCAACAGAAGCACAGAAACAACCGCUGGCGUCCGUCUGCGUCCAAACAUACAGACAGAGCUAAAGCGCACAACAGGACAACAUGUGAAAAAUUAUACAAAAAAUCGUUAUAAUUUAUAAAAUUUAUUAAUCAACAUUUAUUUU